UUGUAACGGGUGAGCAUUUCUUGGUUUAAUUUUAUGACAUCAAUGUCCAUGAACCAUUAAAAAGAAAUUAAUAGAAGAAAUUAAGGCACGUAACAUGCGGUAUUUCCUCGGAAUCCAACCAGCGCAAAUCUCCCUCACUCCCACUUUACCUCCUCGCUUGUUGGCUGGCAACGCCGACAACGCCAUUUUGUCUUCAACAGUACACUUCCCCCGAACGCUAAUUUCCCAGCUGCUCCGCUGUUCUUCCCCUUCCUUUGGCUCAGAUGUAGCCUUUGAAAAAGAGUCUACCUGCGAACUACAGAGGUUUGGAUUCCGACGUUCGAUUCAUGUCUUCCUCUUCCUCUAAUUUCUAGUUCUUGUCUAAUGCCGGAAAAGCUCCCUACUAACUGUCCGACGCUGCCCAUGUUAAUAUGCGCAGAUUGAGGAGGAUUAAAAAUGAAGCAAAUCAAUCAAGUAUAACGGUUAUUAUGCAAGGUUUUCGCUGUAUCUUCGAUUAUAUGUUAUUUCUCCUCUGAGAGAAAUAGAGCCUAACAAUGGCGAGUUGGAUGCUUCUGUUCUUCCUUUCCUUUUGCUAUUUGGGUUCGUUGGUGUCCGGCGAGACGGACCCAAACGAUUUCGCCGUUCUGGACGAGUUUCGAAAGGGGCUAAACAAUCCUGAGUUGCUGAAAUGGCCUGACUCAGGGGACGACCCCUGCGGCCCUCCGCUUUGGCCGCAUGUCGUCUGUUCUGGCUCUCGCGUGACGCAGAUCCAAGUCCAGAACUUGGGUCUCAGUGGCCAAUUGCCCAAGCGUUUCAACCGGCUUUCUAAUCUUAUAAAUCUCGGGUUUCAAAGGAACAAUUUUUCCGGCCCACUUCCAACUUUUAGAGGUCUCUCCAAUUUACAGUAUGCAUACCUCGUCAACAACGAGUUCGAUACCAUACCCUCUGAUUUCUUCGUCGGGCUCACCAGCUUGCUUGAAAUCGCCUUGGAUCAAAACCCUUUGAAUAAAACCUCCGGUUGGGCAAUCCCUCCGGACUUGGAGGCCUCCACCCAGUUGAGGAAUUUGUCUUUGAUCCAAUGCAAUGUGGCGGGCAAGCUGCCAGAUUUUUUGGGCACAAUGCCAAUGUUGAGUACCUUGAAGCUCUCCUACAAUAUGCUGUCAAGUGAGAUACCGGAGAGCUUCGCAGGCUCUUCUUUGCAGACCAUUUGGCUUAAUAAUCAGGAUGGAACUGGGCUUACAGGUCGGCUGGAUGUGAUUUCAUCUAUGGCUUCCUUAAACGAUGUUUGGCUGCAUGGAAAUAGUUUUAAUGGUCCAAUCCCUUCGGGAAUUGGAGCUUGCACUUCUUUGACCCGGCUAUGGCUUAACAACAACCAGCUUGUUGGUCUUAUUCCGGAAAAUUUGACAACCUUACCUCGUCUCCAGUCUCUGAAGUUGGAUAACAACAAUUUGAUGGGUCCGAUACCAAAGGUGAAGUUUGCAAAUUUCACUUAUGCUUUCAAUUCAUUCUGCGAGUCCACUCCUGGAGUUUCUUGCUCUCCGCCGGUCACUGCGCUUCUUGAUUUCCUUGGUGGUGUGAACUACCCGUUAAAAUUGGCUUCUUCUUGGAGAGGAAAUGAUCCAUGCACCGGUGACUGGUUUGGAGUUUCCUGCUCUAAUGGUGAGGCCUCUGUACUAAAUUUACCACUUUUACAUCUGAGUGGAAUAAUUAGCCCCUCGCUUGGGGAGUUGGGUUCAUUAGUGGAUAUCAGGCUUGGGGACAAUAACUUGACCGGAACUAUACCUGAAAAUUUUACUGGUUUGACAAAGCUGAGGAUGCUAAAUGUUUCUGCUAAUAAUUUAGCCCCCCCAGUUCCCAAAUUUAGCCGUAGUGUGACACUCCUUACAGAUGGAAACCCAUUGUUGAAGAGUUCUCCUCCUGCUGCUUCUCCUACUGGUAGUUCACCUCCUAUUGAGCCACCUGCUCCUUCAGGAAAUGUUUCUCCUGGCUCUGGGAGUUCCACUUCUCCUUCUCCACCUCGUAAUGAUUCAAGCAGCCCACCAGCAGCUGAUAUGAAAAGAAAUCAGUCUGGUUCCCAUAUAUCGACAAUCUUGAUCUUUGUAGUUUUAGCUGCCAUUGUGGUCUUGGUGAUUUUGUUUGUAGUUAUCCUAAUUUGGUGCAAGCAGAAGGGCAAAACCAGAUUUGUGGCGUCACAAUCUGUUGUUAUGCAUCCAAAGAGUUCACCAGAUACAGAUAAUCAUAUCAAAUUCACUGUGACUAACAGUUCUAAUGGCAGCACCUCCAUAAGUAAUUUGCUUAAUGGGAGCGGAAGCUUUAUGAGCAGAGCACUCUCAAGUGAUGAUGGAAACUUCACUAUUUCCUUUCAGCUUCUUCGCAGCUCAACCAAUAAUUUUUCUUCAGAAAAUGUGCUUGGGCGGGGAGGUUUUGGGGUUGUUUACAAGGGAGAGUUACUUGAUGGAAUGAUGAUAGCAGUGAAAAGAAUGGAAGCUGCUACAUUAAGCAACAAAGCUCUGGAUGAGUUCCAAGCUGAAAUUGUUGUUCUUUCUAAAGUCAGACAUCGUAAUUUGGUUUCUAUGAUGGGUUACUCGGUGGAAGGCCAUGAAAGACUUCUUGUCUAUGAAUACCUCCCCAAUGGUGCUUUAAGCAAGCAUCUAUUCCAUUGGAGGAAUUUAAACUUGGAGCCUCUUUCAUGGAAGAAGAGACUUAAUAUUGGAUUGGAUGUGGCACGAGGAAUGGAGUAUCUCCAUAGCUUGACUCAAGAAAGCUUCAUUCACCGAGACCUCAAGUCCUCAAAUAUUUUACUCGACGAUGAAUACCGAGCUAAAGUCUCUGAUUUCGGAUUGGUGAAGUUGGCUCCUAAUGGCAAUAACUCAGUGGUUACCAGACUGGCUGGUACAUUUGGAUAUUUAGCUCCUGAAUAUGCUGUGACCGGAAAAAUCACAACAAAAGCUGAUGUGUAUAGCUUUGGAGUGGUUUUGAUGGAACUCAUGACAGGAAUGGCGGCUCUUGAUGAGGACCGUCCGGAAGAAACCCGUUACCUUGCCUCGUGGUUCACAGAAAUAAAAUCUGAUAAAACAAAGCUUUAUGAUGCCAUUGAUGCCACACUCGAGAACAAAGAAGAAAAUUUUGAGAGCAUAGUUACUGUUGCUGAACUGGCAGGCCACUGUGCAGCUAGGGAACCACAUAGGCGUCCUGAAAUGGGCUAUGCUGUGAAUGUCUUGGCUUCACUGGCAAACAAAUGGAAGCCGGCGGAUGAUGAGCAGGAGGAAUAUUUUGGCAUUGAUCUUCAUCAACCUCUUAUUCAGUUAGUGAAGGGUUGGCAGGAUAGCGAAGCGAUGUAUUCUUCAGCUGUUGAUGAUAGCAAAGGAAGCAUACCAUCGAAGCCUGCAGGGUUUGCUGAAUCCUUCACUUCUGCUGAUGGCCGGUGAAAUGUGCUUGGUAUUAUAUCCGUUCUUAUUUAUGUCAACAAGUUUUGUUUAUAUCUGUGCUGCUACAUUUUUCUGCAAUAUAUAUCUUUGCUUUGUGUUUGUUAGUAUUAUUUUUUUGAAUUUAGAUGACAAUUUUGUGAGUUUGUGGAUAGGAAUGUUAUGCAUGGUGAAUGCACUUGAUUUCAUCUGUUUGUUA